AUGAUUGUGACGGGUAAAAGCGACGCAGAGCAUAUGGCUAACCUGGAGGAGGUCCUUCGACGGCUGCACCACCAUGGGUUAAGAGCCAAUAAAUCGAAGUGUGAGUUCUUCAAAGAAACGAUCACGUUCUGUGGCCACGACAUUAAUAGUGAAGGCCUGCACAAGACCACCGACAAGACAGCUGCAAUGGUGAAUGCCCCUCGCACCCAGAGUGUUGCAGAGGUACGCUCCUUCCUGGGAUUGGUGAACUAUUACAACAAAUUCCUGCCAAACCUUGCUACAAUCCUGCAUCCUUUGAACCAAAUGCUGGAAAGUAACUACCAAUGGAACUGGACAGAUCAAUGCGAAGAAGCCUUUUGCAAAGUUAAAGCAAUGAUUGUUUCAGAUCUGGUGCUUACACAUUAUGAUCCUGACCUUCCCUUACAACUGGCUUGUGAUGCUUCACCUGUAGGAAUUGGAGCGGUACUGUCCCAUGUCAUGACAGACGGCACAGAGCGCCCGAUAGCGUUUGCAUCAAGAUCCCUGUCGAAGGCGGAGCGCAACUACGCACAGAUAGAUAAAGACGCACUAGCUACAGUGUGGGGAGUCAAGAAAUUCCACAAUUACCUUUUCGGUAGGAACUUUACCUUACUGACUGAUCAUGGGCCUCUCACUUCAAUUUUUCAUCCCAGCAAAAGCCUUCCUGUUGUCACUGCUGCUAGAUUACAACGCUACGCUUUGUUCUUGGCGGGUUUUGACUAUACAAUUAGAUACAAGAACACUAAGUUACACGGGAAUGCGGAUGGUUUGUCUCGAUUACCCUUGCAUAGUGAGACAACAGAAGAAGAGCCAGAUCCAGUGGGCCUCUUCUAUGCCACGCAGUUUGAGCCUUUGCCAGUCACAGCAGAACAGGUCAAACGAGAAACACAGAGAGAUCCUCUAUUGGUGAAGGUCCAUGAGUUGGUUAUGAAAGGAUGGUCCACUCCACAAGAUGAAGCGAUUAAACCGUUUUACCAGCGGAAAGAAGAACUGACAGUUCACUGUGGUGUCCUAAUGCUUGGACACAGAGCAGUCAUUCCUGCAAAGUUGCGUAAUCAAGUGUUAACCGAACUUCACGAAGGUCACCUCGGUAUUGUUAAAAUGAAGUCUCUGGCGCGAAGUUACAUCUGGUGGCCCCAAAUUGAUAAGGACAUUGAGCACCUAGCCAAGAGCUACCCUGGUUGUCAACUUCAACAGAAUGAAGCCGGCAAAGUACCACUACACCCUUGGGAAUGGCCAACCACACCUUGGCAGAGAAUCCAUUUAGAUUUUGCUGGGCCGUUCCUAGGACGAAUGUUCCUUAUCAUUGUAGAUGAACACUCGAAGUGGCCUGAAGUGGAAAUAAUGCCAUCUACCACAUCGACGCAGACCAUUGACCGACUCCGAACUAUUUUUGCCCGAUAUGGAGUGCCAGCACAGGUGGUGACCGACAAUGGGCCACAAUUUACAUCGGCAGAGUUCCAACUAUUUUUGAAGACUAAUGGUAUCAAGCAUAUUACCACGGCCCCAUUCCACCCUGCAACCAACGGUCAAGCGGAACGUUUUGUUCAGAGUUUCAAACAUGCUAUGAAAUGCGAGAAACAAAGUGCAUCCCAGCUGAAAACCAAUAUGGCAAAGUUCCUUUUGGCUUACCGGAAUACCCCGCAUUCGACGACUGGAGAAUCGCCGUCCGUGUUGUUUUUGGGCAGACCGCUACGGACUCGCCUCGAUUUGGUGAAACCUGAUUUACAAAGGAAAGUGAUGAACAGGCAAAUCGAUCAAGCGGGGAGGAAAGGACAUUCCCCCACACGUCAAUUAUCCAUUGGUCAGACUGUCAUGGCACGUAACUACAGUGGGAAAGACAAGUGGCUACCAGGCAUAGUUCGAGCUCAAACGGGACCCCUUUCGUACGAGAUAAAAGUUGGUCCAAAUCGAAUUUAGCGACGUCACAUCGACCAGCUUCGAGCCUCGAGUGUGAAAGUAAAUGACCAGAGUGAUAAUACGGCUGAACCUCAUCCAGAGCUCGGAGAAACUGGCCAGAAUAUUGCACUAGCAGAAGAAAUUGUCGCAGAGCCGGAUAUCGAACUAGCCACGAAUCCACCAGUAGUGCAACAACAAGAAGCCGGUAGGGCUACAACAGGAUCUGAACAACGCUACCCAACUAGAUCACACCAACCACCCGAGAGGUGGGGUCUUAACUGUUUGAUCCGAAAACUGUUUAAGAAAACUACAUAG